GACAACUUCUACAUAAGAAGAGUUGAACCUCAGGGGCUAAGAUAACUUCUCCUGAUAUCUUGCUCUCUGCCUUCUUUGGCACCAUAUUUCUUUGUCUUCAAAUUACAAAUCCUACAGGCCAUGUCCAACCAGUCCUUCCAAAACCAACAUGAAGAGGCCUAUGCCUCCCUGAUGAGAGGCCUGAAGGAGCUGGACCUACAGGGACCCUGUGUUCCCACUGACCUGUUGCUGAUCGGAGACCAUGCUUUUCCUUUAGCAAUGAACAGCCGAGGUCAGGUGCUGAUGGCUGCCUCUCUGUACGGCAGUGGAAGGAUUGUGGUCCUGGGUCAUGAGGGCUACUUGACAGCCUUUCCUGCUCUGGUAGAAAAUGCUGUGACCUGGCUGAGAGGUGAUGGAUCUCAUAACCUCUCUGUAAGGGUGCACAGAAAAGUCAGUGCAGUUGCUAAUAACCUCCAAAAAUCCAGCUUCCAAGUAGAAGUUGUGGGAGCUUUCAGUGACAACCUGGGAGUUGGUGUUUAUGUGACCGAUGCCUACAGCGUGGGCUCAGACUCAAUGGAGCUGGUGGCAUUUCUGAAAGCUGGAGGAGGGGUGCUGAUAGCUGGACAAGCGUGGAGUUGGGCUGCAGAUCACCCCAAAGAGAACGCACUGCAUCAGUUUGAUGGGAAUAAAGUGUCAGGAGUGGCAGGAAUCUACUUUUCUAAGAACUGUGGUGAGGCGGAGAACUUGCCUGUCUACCCUCAGAUCCCGUCCUCCUGGAUGUCUGUGGUCAUAGGUAAGGAUUUUGAGGAUGACUUAGAGUUCUUACUCCAGGGAAUUUCAGAGUUCGAGCUCCCGCAGGGGUCAACUGCUUCUGAGGUUCUAGUCCAUGGACCGCUAGCUUUUCCCAUCGGUACUACACAUGAUGGACGGGCAUUCCUCGCAGGAGCCUAUUAUGGACAGGGACGAGUCAUUUUGAUUUCACAUGAAGGAUUUCUGGGACUUGAGAGUAUGGCUCCAAUUUGGAAAAAUGCCAUUCACUGGUUGGAUGAAGGCCGCAGAGGGGUUGUUGGUGUAAUGAUGGAUCCUGCACUCAAAGUUCUCAGUGAUUCAGGGCUGAAGUGUGAGAAGACAAACUUCAGGAAAGACCUCAGUGUGUUUGUGUGUACAGCAUAUAUCACUGAGCAUUUGGAGGAAAUCCAAAACUUUGUGGCAGAGGGAGGAGGCCUGCUGAUUGGAGGACAUGCCUGGUGGUGGGCUCAUUCAAAUGCUGGGAAAAAUGUGCUAACGGAAUUCUCAGGGAACAAGAUCCUGAACCAAAUGGGAUUGAGCCUGUUGGGAGCAACAAUCGGAGGAGGAUCAUACAAAGCCCCUGUACCCAGCCAGGCUAUUAAAGACAGCUACCACUUCCGCCACCUUCUACACCGCUUCGCUGCCCAUGUGACUACAGGUGAAGAACUUAGCCAGCAUGAGGAGAGAUAUCUGAAAAAGCUGGGCAACGACUGCAACGUCUACUUGCAGAUGAAAGCCCAUGACUCCUCCCACUACAGACAAGUUUUGGCCACACUCACGGAUAUAUUAAUAACAUCAGGCCUGCCAGAAGUGAGUGAAAAAAGCCCUGUAAAGAGUCCCAAAGACCACCUCCUCCUCGCUGUGGGUACCCAGGUAUAUAAGGUUUCCUCAGACCCUGAUGCUCUCCUGCCCUACCUCAUCAAGGACAACCCAAUGAUGCCUGUUGUCUAUAACCACCGGAUCAAGGUUGAUGUCAAUACAGCAGAUGGGGAAGAGUGGAUCAGCACAGGUCUCUACCUCUCUCCUGGUAUGAAGACCUACAUGGCCAUACCACCUCAGAUUGUCAACAAGGAUUGGAAGAUUCAGAUAGGAUGUCAAACUGACUCCCUGCAUCACAAUGACGAGCUGAAGAGACCACCAUCUGUCCAUGAGCGAUUUCCUGUCACUGCACAGAUGAUACAGGUUUGGAACCUGUGGGGAGGACUCAUUUACCUGGUGGCCCCACCCAAAACACAAGUGAAGGGGUUGGAGGUCAUAGUGCAGAUGGCUGUACCUGCUCCAUAUUACAAGUCUGAUCUGGCUGCCAAACCACACAAAUUUCCCCGCAAGGAGCGCUUUGUGGCAGAUGUGCAGAUUUCUCACGGCUGGAUGCAUGCAGGUUAUCCAAUCAUGGCACACAAAAUGACAGCUCAUGAACUGGUCGGCGUCAAAAAAGGUAAUCCGAUGUGGGGCCCCAUCCAUGAACUGGGACACAAUCAACAGAGAGCUUGCUGGGAGUUCCCACCAAACACCACAGAGUGUACAUGCAACCUGUGGUCAGUGUAUGUGAAUGAAGAGGUGCUGGGCGUCGACAGGGAGAAGACUCAUGGAGCCAUGACUUCAGCAAACCGACAAAGUCGAAUAAAUGACUAUGUCGCGGGAGACAGGACACCUGAGAGCUGGAGCAUGUGGGUGGCUCUGGAAACAUAUAUGCAGCUCCAGGAAAGGUUUGGCUGGGAUGCCUUUAAGAAGGUGUUUGCUGCGUAUCACCACAUAAAGGACUUCCCCGGUGACAACAAAGGAAAGAUGAACCUGUAUGCUGAGACUUUCUCCCAGACUGUGGGGAUGGACCUGACUGGCUUCUUUAAGGAACCUUUAGAAGGCCAGAGUCCUGAGAUCGGAGAGCACGGGAUGGAACGUAAAGAUGUAAAAGGUCGGAGAGGUAUGAAGGUUUCCUUUGUUCUGGAGCUGGAGUUUGAGGAGGAGCUGGAGUUCGAGCAGGGGCUGGAGCUACAGCCCCUGCUCGAACUCCAGCUCCUCCUCCAGUUUGAGGCGCUGGAACUCGACGGGGGGCCGGAACUGGAGAUCCAGGAGGAGCUGGAGCUGCAAGGGUUUGGGGCAGUUGAAUUGUUUGCCAUACUGCUGGCUCUUGAAUGGGUGGAGGACAGCAGGGUCUCAAAAUACUGGUCUCAUCAAGAGGAUCUGAGGGUUCAGGAGUUACGGACGGUUAACAGCCAGGAGAUGGCAGUAAUGCAACAGUUUUGGAUGCAAGCUGCCGUUAAACUUGACUGA